UCAACUUCCAACUCAGUAACUCGGUCUUUUCGGCGUGGCUUCGGUUGAGGUUGGACGUGUUCCAAAAAGAUUGUAAUUUUGUUCCGUUCACACCACGUUCAAAAGAAUAGUUAAAAGUAAUUUACAUAUAUUUAUUGUUAAGUGUUAAGUAAAAAGAAAAAUGCGACCUCAAAACGGCGACGAUGGUUUUGAUGAGCCCGAGGUCCACCGAAAAAUCUUCAUCGGUGGGUUAAAUUACCGAACAACAGAUGAAUCCCUUAAAUCCCAUUUUGAGAAAUGGGGAGAAAUUGUGGACGUGGUUGUAAUGAAGGAUCCAAAAACUAAAAGAUCACGCGGCUUCGGUUUCAUUACAUAUUCCAAAGCACACAUGGUAGAUGACGCGCAAAACAACAGGCCACAUCGUAUCGAUGGACGAUUUGUUGAAACUAAGCGAGCUGUUGCAAGACAAGACAUUAAGAACCCAGAAGCUGGUGCAACUGUAAAGAAAUUGUUUAUUGGUGGUAUUAAGGAUGAUCAUGAUGAAGAACAAUUAAGACAGUAUUUCUCAAAUUAUGGUGAAGUGAAAAAUGUCAGUAUAGUGACAGAUAAAGCAACUGGCAAAAAGAGGGGAUUUGGAUUUGUGGAGUUUGAUGAUUAUGACCCUGUAGACAAAAUAUGCUUAAAUGCACCUCACAAAGUUAAUGGCAAGCAAUUGGAUGUCAAAAAGGCAUUGCCUAAGGAUGGCUCUGAUCAAAGAGGUGGAAGACAAGGUGGUGGUCCUGGCAGAAAUGACAACUGGGGUGGUAAUGGUGGAGGUGGAUAUGGAAACAACCAAGGAGGUUGGAACAAUUCAAAUCCAUGGGAUAACAACCAGGGUGGUUGGGGCGGUGGCAACCAAGGGGGUGGUGGGUAUGGGGGUGGAAACCAAAGAGGAGGAUGGGGUAACCAAGAAUUUGGUAACUAUGGUAAUCAGGGAUAUAGUGGUGGGCCUACAAGGAAUCAGCAAUAUGGUGGGAACAAUAGGUCGGCUCCCUAUAAUAUGAACCAGGGAGGUGGUGGUGGCGGCGGUGGCUAUGGAGGCGGCAACUAUGGAGGCCAGGGCCGUGGAGGGAGAUUCUAAACGUUACGUGCUAAGUACACUAGUAGUGCAGAGUAUAUCGUGCUAGUGUAGGCGCUCCGGAGCUCGAUAGUUACACCUCAUGGUCUACAAUCGAGACCACCUAGGAGAAGGCGUCAGGAAAAUUAGAUGAUAGAUAGAUCGUAACAUUAUCUUUUAGAAGAAUAUAUUAUGAAUUAUUUUUUCUAUGUACUGAUAUGUAAGUUGGCUAUUUAUUGUGGUACUUAGGUACUUAUCGUGACAUACUGUUAUGGACGCGUAUACAUUGUGAAAUUAAUUUACGUUUUCAUAAAUAAGUACAAUUUAGGAUUUAAUGUUUGGAGUUGUGUAGAAGCUAGACAAGAAAAGGUCAGUGUUAGUUGACUUUAGAUGGAUAAAUCAUCAUGAUUAAUUUAUUUUCCUGACUCAGUAUUAAGUUCUCAAAUAGAUGUUGUAAGUGUUUAGGUUAUAGAAAUGGACUUAUAGGAUAAUUUGAUGUAAAAUAAAUUUUAAUACGAAAUCUGUAGGGUUGUUUCUUUAGAUCUGUAUAUAGACCUCUUAUUAAAUCAAUGUUAGAAAUUAAGUUCGUAUAAUGUCAGACACUAGAAGGUUUCAAUGCUAGAAAAAUAAAUAGGAUACGAAGCGUUAUAUUCAAGUGGAGUGUGUAGCUUCAAACCAUCUAGUAGUUUAUAUCAUAAAGAGAUUUUAAUAAUAAGUAGAUACUACAUACAUACAUACCUAGAUGUGUAAAUAAAUUAAUCACAUUGCGUGGUGUUUAGUCAUUUUACCCUGAAAAUAAACUGUUUAUGCAUGUUAGAUACCAACGUCAAAUAUUUUUCUAAGAUAUUGGAUACCACAUAGCCACUUUUGUCUACAUUAAAAGAUCAAUCAGUAA